AUGCCGGCAGAUGGCGAGAAAGACGAAAUUCCAAGCUCGCCACAAAGUGCUUGCCGGCGUGCUGUGCUGCGAGUGACCGGCAUGACCUGCUCCAAUUGCUCAUCCGCUGUGGAGAGGGCCGUGAGUCAACUAGAAUUCGUGGAGCGCUGUCAGGUCGACUUGAUCAACUCGCGGGCUUCCAUCGAUUACAGUGGCAGAUCUGGCACUGGGCCGGGCAUUCAGGAUCUCUGUGACGAGGUGGAGAACAUCGGCUUCGAGGCGUCAGUGUUGGAAGACUUCCAGAUUCUCGACUGUGAGGCAUCGCCCGGAGGGCGGAUGUCGCUGGACCUGCUGGUCCUCGGGAGCGAAGAAAAAGGCUGCUCUGCCGCCGAGGUGCUGCUAAGGCUGCCAGGGGUCCUCGAAUGCUUGCCAGGCUCGGAGCAACGUCUCCGGGUUGCCUUUGACCCGACGCAGGUCGGUGCAAGGGACUUGCUUGGAGAGUUGAACAGCUCGGGCUUUGCCGCGCAGCCCGACUCUGCACCCGACAGUGCUAAAUCCGGUGAGGUCAUGCCUGGAGGACUAUUGACUGCUCUUAUGGUGACGUUCACAAUCAUCAUCAUCACGCAGGUCCUGCCAUGCUUCGAGCACUGUGACAAGCUGCUGCACAUGCACAUUGUUCCCGGUCUCCCUUGCGUGACUGUGAUUUUGGGGCUGCUGGCCACGCCGGUGCAGCUCUAUUGCGGACUCCGCUUCCACCUUGGUGCCUACCACGCAGUCCGGAGCGGCGUGUGGGACAUGAACGUGCUGAUCUCGCUGGGGACUGUUCUUUGCUUUCUGUACUCUCUGAUGGUUGUCGUGCUAAUGAUUUCCACGACGCUGCUUCCUGGAAAGAACAUCGAAUGCAAGGCGCCACCCCCUUCAUAUUUCGAGACGCCUUGCUUCGUGAUCACUUUCGUGUUACUGGGCAAGCACCUGGAGGCAUGGGCAAAGAACGGUGCCUCCAGCGCGCUCCAGCAACUGCUGUCGCUGCACCCAAGCAAUGCGCACCGACUUCCAAAGGACAGCAUGGAGGUCGAGGACCUACCGGUCCAACUUUUGCACCUCGGAGACACCCUGCAGAUUUACCCGGGAGAGACGGCACCAACAGACGGGAUCAUGACCGGCCUCGGCUACGCCGAGUUUGACGAGUCGCUGCUCACAGGAGAGGCCAAGCCUCUGCGCAAGCGGGCCGGCGACAUGGUCAUCGGUGGCUCCAGGUGCCUGAACGGCCGAGCGGAGAUUCGAGUAGAACGUCUGGGGAGCAAGACUCUGCUGAGCCAAAUUACGGCCCUCGUCGAGCGUGCCCAGCUGAAUCGCGCUCCGGUACAGCAUGUGGCAGAUGCCGUGGCCCACCGCUUCGUGCCGGCAGUUGUGGCGCUGAGCGUCCUGACGUGGGUCACAUGGUAUGUGCUGGUCUACAUUUCAAAGACCGUAACACUCGCCGACAUCACCCGGAAUCGCGAAAGCUCACAGCCGGAGCUGGACAAGGCGUUCUUCGUGUUGGAACACGGCCUCAACGUUUUACUGGUGGCCUGCCCCUGUGCCCUUGGUCUUGCCACCCCCACGGCAGUCAUGGCCGCGACUGGGGUGGCGGCGAAGUUUGGGAUCUUAGUUCGCUCCGGUGCGGUCCCUCUGGAACUGGGCUCCAAGAUUCAGCGCAUGGUGCUGGACAAGACGGGCACACUGACGACGGGCAAACCGAAGGCGGCUGCCUCGGCCGUGCUCUGCCCAUGGACUCAAGAGGAGCAGAGCUGGGAGAGACUUCUGAGCCGCUUCCGAGAAGCCGAGGAGCUCUCUUCCCGCCGCAAGGUGGCCUUUGCUGUGGACAUGACGACUACGUGGGUGAGCGCUGGCACCGAUGCGGAGGCCAAGCCGACGUCGCCUCGACCGGCGCCCGGGUUCAAGGUGUCCAUGCCAGGAUCCCGGUCAGUCUCGGAGAAGGAGGACCUGCGCUCCGAGGCAGAGUCCGCUCUUUGGUGGGCUCUCGGCUCGGCGGAGAGUUCGAGCGAGCACCUCAUCGCAAGGGAGCUUGUCGAUGUUGCCUCUCAGAAGGCACGACGACCGCUGUCCAAACCGGCAAGCUUCGAGAGCAUGACCGGUAUUGGUCUGACUUGUGUCUUGGAGGGCCUCUGCGUGGAAGUGGCGGCGGCACACCAUCUACUCAAGCGAUGCAAGAGACCUUCCGAGAUCCUGUCUGCCUGGGUUGAGGCCCAGCUGUUGGAGGGCGCCACGGUGGUGGCCGUGGCAGUGGAGGAUGUCGUCCUCGGUGCUGUGGCCCUGCGCGAUGCCGUGGCUCCAGGCGCGCGGAUGUGUGUUGCGCACUUGGAGAUGUCGGGAGUGGAGGUCUGGAUGUGCACUGGAGAUCACCGAAAGUCCGCCGAGGUUGUGGCUCGGGAGUGCGGCAUCCAGCAGUCACGGGUGGUUGCGCAGGCAUUGCCAGCAGACAAAGUCCGGGUCGUGAAGUACUUGCAGGGCGGCGACACUGACCUUCCAGGCAAGCAAGCUUCGCCUCAGCGAAGUGUGGCCACCGUGGCCAUGGUCGGGGAUGGCAUCAACGAUGCUCCGGCCCUGGCUGCAGCUGACCUGGGUGUCGCCAUCGGCGCUGGGCAGAAUGUGACGGUGGACGCGGCGGACAUCGUGCUGGUGCGCAGCGAGCUCUCCGACCUGCUGUCUUUCCUGGCACUGUCCAAGGAGACGCUCAACACCAUUUGGUUCAACUUCAUGUGGGCAUUCCUUUUCAACAUCUGUGCCCUUCCCGUGGCUUCCGGGAUCUUCUGGCGCCAGCAUGUGGUCAUGACUCCGCAGAUCGCCUGCGUCCUCAUGUUGGGCUCAUCACUUUUCGUCGUACUGAGCUCCCUGCUUCUGAAACGCUUCUCGCCUCCGGCGCUCUCUGACAUAUCACUGCCCUAG